AUGUUGAGGUUCACGCUGAUCAUGUCUUGGUCCAAGCGUCUGAAGACUGUGGUGUCGUCGUCGUCGUCGAUAAUUGUUGGAGAGAGUGAGGACACCCGACGUCGUCGUCGUGGGUUCGGUCUGGCGCGGUGGUCUCAGCAGUGUCUCCGCCACGGGUCCCGCACGCCACCUGUCGGGAUUUCCCGUGGCGAGCUACACCUGUUGUUGUAUUCCAACUGGUUCAGUCCGCAUGAUUUGCGAGAUUCCGGUGACGUGUACUUGGUUGACCAGAUCCAGGAAUGGGCUGACGUGGAGAAGAAGCGGAUUGCAGCUAUUCAAGCCGAGUUGCGAGGCUUCGAGGGAGACGAGUCGCAGAUUUACGUCAAGUUCUUCCGCUUUCACAAAUGCUACGAUCUGAUCCCGACGUCCGCCAAGCUGGUGGUGUUCGACACUCAGCUGCAGGUGAAGAAGGCCUUCUACGCCCUGGUGUACAACGGGGUGCGGGCGGCGCCGCUGUGGGACUCCAUCAACCAAAAGUUUUGCGGCAUGCUCACUAUCACGGACUUUAUCCGGAUCCUGCAGAAAUACUACAAGUCUCCCGGAAAGCACAUCUCCGAGUUGGAAGACCACAAGUUGGCCUCUUGGAGAAAUGACUUGGAUGAAGUUCAUUUCGCGCCGUUGGUGAGCAUCGGCCCGGACGCGUCUCUGUUCGACGCCAUUCAGAGGCUCGUCGAAUACCGUAUCCAUAGAUUGCCUGUGAUUGAUCCCAUUACCGGUGACGUCUUGUAUAUCGUCACCCACAAGAGGAUUUUCCGGUUCCUGUGUCUCUACUUGCACGAGUUACCCCGGCCGUCGUUUUUGGAGAAGACGCUGGAAGAGCUGAACAUUGGUUCCUACGAGAACGUAGCCGUGGCUCACGAGUCGACGCCCAUCAUCGAGGCCCUGAAGCUGUUUAUUGACCGUCGCGUGUCCGCGUUGCCGGUCCUCGACGAGCACGGAAAGCUCCGGAACAUCUACGCCAAGUUUGACGUGAUUAACCUGGCAGCCGCGAAGACUUACGACAACCUGGACAUGACCUUGAAAGAAGCGAAUGCGCACCGACAUGACUGGUUCGAAGGUGUUCAGACGUGCUGCAAAACGGAUUCUCUGGGAAAUGUGAUGGAAAAAAUUGCCAAGGCUGAGGUGCAUCGCCUCGUUGUCGUGGACAAGAACGACUCAGUCGUGGGCGUCGUGUCGCUGUCUGAUAUUUUGAAAUACCUCGUAUUGGAUCCCGCAGUCAAGACGGACGGUUUGCGGAAGGACUCCGAGGUGUUCGCUGAAGAGACGUCUGAGAACGUAGAGCUGUGUGGCCGGCGCUCCUGUUCCCCGGCACCCCAUUCCGACUCAACUUCGUCGAACGGCUCGCCCCCGUCGCUGACGUCUCCCGCGUCGGCGGCAGCGGCUCUGAAGAAGGUGGCGCCGCAACCGGCGUGUGGCGGCGGUGGGCCUUCCUUAGAUGGCAGCCCCAAGCGCGAAAUCUCCGUUGGCAAUGGCGACUAGGCUGCGGGCAGCGUGCAACUGUUUCCUUUUUUUGGUUUUGUAGAGAAUCUGGAUUGGAUUGUACGAGUGCGAGGAAAAUUUGGAGCUGUGCCGUUUUACUUUCCCCUCCUUCCUAAGCAAGUGUUUCUCUUCCCCCUCUUGAUCGCUUGCCAGAAGAAACUCUUUGCUGGGUUUGUUUGAGCGCUGAGAGACUGCAGCAGCAAUCAAUCAAGCAGGCUUUUUUUUUCUUUCGUUUGUUGUCGCGCGAUAUUGUAGGGCAUCUCGCGAAGGCGAGUAAAGGUGAAAAAUUUGGUUUCAGGUACAAAUUACUUUUUUUUUGUUUUGCAAAGAAACGAAUCGAGCUUCGAUUCCCCACAGGUUUCAUACAUUUUGUCCUCUCCCACCCGCGACCGGAGCGCAGCGUUUUGUCCCCCGCGUGGGGCUCUGUUCAACACGUGAGACGUUUUACUAGAGAAGCGACAACUAUGCUUGGCCCUCUGUGCAGUCAGGGAUGUGUGCCUCGGAAAUGUAAAAAGGAAAAUCUUUUUGUUACGUCCUGAGUUGUGAGAGAGUAAUUAUUCGGGGGUCGUGGACUCCGUAAGCUUCCGGUUAUUAUUUUUUUUUUCUUUUGAUGGCUGCUGCUGCUGCGCGGUAUUGUAAGGGGUUGCAUCAAUUUUUACUGAGUCGAGAAGAGAAAGUGCAUUCGGCUUUGGGGAGACCAGCUGGUUCUCAAGACCGGAUUCCAAAAGCGGAUGAAACCAACAGUGAAAUCGUUGAGAGAAGAAAGAAAGGGAAUUCUGGAAGGCA